UGGAUUGGAUUGUCUUAUAAUUAUCAUUCCUGGCGUCUAUUUCACCCCCAUGAGUCCAGUCAUUACAAAGAAUAAGCUUUCUAGCUUUCUAGCUUUCUACUUUUCUAGCCAGUCUGGCCUGAAGUAGAAUACCGGUCGUUGAGCUAGUAAUGGCGAACAUCAAGACUGACUAAGGUUAAACCAAAUCCCGUAGACUAGCUUUCCCACAGUAGAGCUCAAAUAAUAAACUUUUUGUGAUGCAUUAUUAGAGCAGAGCACCUAGAAUUACAGGAAUCAUAUGCAUCUUAAUCUUCUUUCUCCUUUUAUUUAUAUACAUUGAUAUUUAGAACUAACUCUUCAAAUUCAUUCAUAAGCUUCGCUUUAUUUCUAUAUUCGAGUCAUUGGGCCAUCUCUUCUUUUCAUCAUUAAAUCCACCAUGGUUUCUCGUGGUGAAAUCUCAACUUACACCAUUGAUCUAUCCCUACCUGCUUCUAAACGAUAUGAAAAGAUUGCCGUAGAUUUCAAAGAACAAUUAUGUGGUUUGCCAAAAGAGCUAGAUGAAACACUUCGACUUUGGCUCAAAAAUUCCUUCCUUGUAUUCCUGUUUAAAUUGUUUGCAUUUUUAUUCAUCCGUCGCUUAUAUUCUGCUGAAGAGAUGGAAGAGGUGAAAGGGAUCGCUAAGAUUUCGGGGGCCAACGUCAGAUUUUUGGUGGCAUUGAACGUAAUGCUUGAUUCAUUAAUGUGCUGUACUGGUGGCGGAGUUCUUGUCAACUCUGAUGAUGAUGUUCAAGACCAGAGUAUGAUGCAUUUAAGGCUUUUGGAUUGGGACCUAGAUGGCUUGAGAGAUAUGCUUCUUGUUCUGGAAUAUGUCAAUUCCAACUCAUCAACUCCCACAAGAGUCAUUGCUAGAAGUAUCACAUAUGCUGGUUACGUGGGAAUUCUUACUGGUGUGAGGUAAGUUCCACGAGAAUUUCCAUACAAUAAAUUGUAACAGUGUAAUCAUUGGCUAAUCAAAUGUAGGGAAAACUUAUCAUUGUCUAUGAACUUUCGUCCAGAAUCUUCAUGGCCUACAUUACCCUUACUUUUCCAUCAGUUCCGUGUCCUGGCCGGAUUUAGCCCAUCAAUCGCAACCAUCUUUCGAUCUCUGAUAAUUGCGCCAAUUGGAUCAACAUUGCCGUCUAUAGUUGAAGCAGCCCGUGUCCUGAGCAAUGAUACCUUUUCUCCAUGCUAUAUCAUCCUCAGCAAUGGUUUCAGCACCUUGAUCAUGGAAAAGUACCGGGACAGAUCGUAUGUGCGCUCUUCUUCUUCCUUCAUUGUCCAAACCAAUCACGAUGUUUUCCUUUGGCAAGCGCGACACCUAUUAGCCGAUCAUGAUGGACACCCAUUUCCUGUUCCUCAGCCCAAUCCAUACCCCGCUCCUCCUACAGGUUCCGCAUUUGGCGAUCCCGGAAUGUACGAAAAGUACCAGGCGUACUGGGGUCACAAAGAUUCCAUAGAUAGGUACAAUUCUCUGCGAGAAAAUUGGAUGGCUAUCCCGGAAGGAAUAGGUACAAAACGAUCAGCGGAGAUCGAGGACGUGAAGAGUUGGAUGAGGUCAAAGCCGGUUGGUAAUACUCGGACGCAUUUUAUGUGUUUGAUGGAUCCUAUCAACGGAGAGAUACCAUGGCUUGAAAGGGGAAGGGAGGAGGCUUUUGUUUGAAAGUACUUGGAGUCGCAAUGUUUUUCUUAGAUACCCGGGUCGGAUACUGUGCGAUCAUUUGGUUUGGCGUUUAUGGAGGAUUUGAAAGAUAUAUAGAAGUAUAAUGUUGGAUAUACUCACGUAAUAUUCUGGAUUUAAUAUCAUUUGGAUGGUAACACAAUUGUGGUCCACGAGUCCCUGUUUGUAAUUUAGAACCAGUCUCUCG